UUAGCGUCACUGCGCUCUCUGUUGUUUUGUCUGGAUGCUAAGCUUUUAGAAUUAUUUCUGUAAAUAGAAAAAUACCGUUUUUGAAUCGGUAAGUAAAUACUUGUAAUAGCCUAUUAUCCCCUUAGUCUUGACUACGUUUUGAAGCAAGCAGGAAUAUCUGGAGGAGUAUCAUCUGAACUGAGAUCUGCUGCUGUGAAGAUGGAGUUUGUUAAAGAAGAGAGUGAAGAGAACACGAGUGAACCAGAAACCUGGAGAAUAAAAUACGAGGAACCAGAAACCUGGAGAAUAAAUUAUGAGGAACCAGAAACCUGGAGAAUAAAACACGAGGAACCAGAAACCUGGAGAAUAAAACACGAGGAACCAGAAACCUGGAGAAUAAAUUAUGAGGAACCAGAAACCUGGAGAAUAAAACACGAAGAACCAGAAACCUGGAGAAUAAACCACGAAGAACCAGAAACCUGGAGAAUAAACCACGAAGAACCAGAAACCUGGAGAAUACAUUAUGAAGAACCAGAAACCUGGAGAAUAAAACACGAGGAACCAGAAACCUGGAGAAUUAAACUGGAGGAACAAGAAGAGUUUAUUGAAGAAAGUGAGGAGAACGAAGAAUUAAAUGAAGUUCGGGAGAAGAAUCAUGUCAAAACUUCAGAAAAACAUUUGAGUUGCUCUCAAACCAAACAGACAAAUUUAAAGACAAGAGGAGCCAAGAAAUCUUUCACCUGCACUCUGUGUGGAAAGAGUUUGACAUGCAAAUAUAAUCUUGAUGUUCACUUGAGAGUUCAUACUGGAGAGAAACCAUUCACUUGUGAUCAGUGCGGGAAGUGUUUCACACAAUCGUUAAGCCUUAAGGUACAUAUGAAAAUCCACACUGGAGAGAAAGAUUACAAGUGUUCACAAUGUGACGAGAGAUUCAGUCGGUCAGGAGACCUGAAGAAACACAUGUUAGUCCACACUGGAGAGAAACCACACACAUGUGAUCAGUGUGGGAAGAGUUUCACACAAAAAGGAAGCCUUACAGCACAUAUGAGAGUUCAUACAGGAGAGAAACUUUUCUUAUGUAAUCAAUGUGGAAGGAGUUUUUCACACUUAACUCACCUUAAGGAUCACAUGAACAUCCACACUGGAGAGAAACCUUUCAAGUGUUCACACUGUGACAAAAGAUUCAGUCGGUCAGGAAACCUGAAGAAACACAAGUUAAUCCACACUGGAGAGAAACCGUACACAUGUGGUCAGUGCGGGAAGAGUUUUACACAAAAAGGAAACCUUAUGACACAUAUGAGAGUUCAUACAGGAGAGAAACUGUUUAUAUGUAAUCAAUGUGGAAAGAGUUUUUCACUCUUAGCAAACCUUAAGGUACACAUGAACAUCCACACUGGAGAGAAACCUUUUAAGUGUUCACACUGUGACAAGAGAUUCAGUCAUUCAGGAUACCUGAAAACACAUGAGAGGAUCCACACUGGAGAGAAACCGUACACAUGUGAUCAGUGCGGGAAGAGUUUUGCAGGAAAAGGAAGACUUAUGGCACAUAUGAGAGUUCAUACAGGAGAGAAACUGUACACAUGUAAUCUCUGUGGAAAGAGUCUGAAAUGCAAAUAUAGUCUUGAUUGUCACAUGAGAGUUCAUACUGGAGAGAAACCAUACACAUGUGAUCAGUGCGGGAAGUGUUUCACACAAUCAGUACAUGUUAAAGAACACAUGAGCAUCCACACUGGAGAAAAACCAUACAAGUGUUCACACUGUGACAAGAGAUUCGAUAGGUCAGGAGACCUGAAAAAACAUGAGAGGAUCCACAUUGGAGUGAAACCAUACAAGUGUUCACACUGUGACAAGAGAUUCAGUCGGUCAACACAUCUGAAAACACAUGAGAUGGUCCACACUGGAGAGAAACCUUAUAAGUGUUCACACUGCAACCACAGAUUCAGUCAUUCAUCAAAUCUGAAAAUACAUGAGAGGAUCCACACUGGAGAGAAACCAUAUUACUGCACUGAAUGUGGGAAGUGUUUCAGUCGUCCAUCUUCUCUACACAGUCAUACAAAAAACAACCACACAAAAAACACAGUAAGUAGGUCAUCUUCAGAUCCAGCACUUUCAGAUCUGAUGCUGCCUUUUCAUCAAACUUGAAACAGUAAUCCAUUAAGCAGUAUCAUCUGGAUUAAUCUGUUUCUAACCAGUCGUUACGAGUGAUAUGACAAAGAAACAUCUAAAGUUAUCACAGUGAAUCAAGUUAUCACAGUGAAUAAAGUUAAUCUUCAAAACCAGCAGAUUGAACUCUGAGAUUCAGUUAAACUCAAAGAUGGAGUUCCUCCCCAAAGAACAAUGUCAAAAUAUUUUAUUAUUGCGUAUCAUUUUGCUGCAUGAUAUUAAUGAUAUCAAUGUUGUUUCUAAUGAGUUUCAUGUUAUGUUCAAUUAUCUUAUAAUGCACGUGUGUCACUUGUAGUUUGCUUACUCUUUCAUGAAUUAAAGGAGAUUUUCACAAAUUGUUCUUGAUCAGGAAGCUGAAGAAGAGACUAUAACACUUUAAGAGAGACUGAGAUUAUUAUUUUUUUUAAUUGUUCUUUGUUAUUUUUAAAAAAUGACUGACUUAUUCUGCUUAAUAUGUAUUUUGGAAACACAAAUGCAAGAAAAAACUGUCAUGUAGCCUUGUGAUUGCUCCUUCUUUGCUUCUCUUCUAAGUAGGAAUGGAAACCUAAACCCGGUAUUAAAGGAGUCCUGGGACUAAAUUACAAAAGACUGUAGUAAUUAUAAUCUCUAAUGCUAACUGUUCUACUUUUGAUGCUGGUUAUAUUAAAAAAACACAAUUUAUUAUUGUCACAUAAACAUUAUCAAGCUAAUUGUUUAUUGCCAAAUGUUUCUACACGAGAUAAUAUUGAGAUAUUCA